CAGUCAGCACCAGCAGCCACAUACCAGGACUCUGGAAGGAACAGGCAGGACACCCCCUGCAAAAGCCUCCGGAGAACUGUGACAGGCGUGUUGAAGUCCAGAUGCCCGGAGUUCGAGAAGCCACCAUGCAGACUUCCCAGAGCUCCUGCCCUGGAAGCCCCCCAGAUACUGGUGACGGGUGGGAGCCAGUUCUACGCCAGGGAGAGGUCGACUUCGGAGGGUCCGGGAAGAAGCGAGGCAAGUUUGUGAAGGUGUCAAGCAACGUGGCCCCCUCUGUGCUCUUUGAUCUCCUGCUCACCGAGUGGCACCUGCCAGCCCCCAACCUAGUGGUGUCCCUGGUGGGCGAGGAGCGGCCUUUUGCUAUGAAGUCCUGGCUUCGGGACAUCCUGCGCAAGGGGCUGGUGAAAGCAGCUCAGAGCACAGGUGCUUGGAUCCUGACCAGUGCCCUCCAUGUAGGCCUGGCCCGCCAUGUUGGGCAGGCUGUACGUGAUCACUCUCUGGCUAGCACAUCCACCAAAGUUCGCGUCGUGGCCAUAGGAAUGGCCUCUCUGGACCGUAUCCUUCAUAGUCAGCUUCUAGAUGGUGCCCAGGAGGAUACCCCCAUCCACUACCCUGCCGAUGAGGGCAGCAUCCAGGGACCUCUCUGCCCCCUGGACAGCAAUCUCUCCCACUUCAUCCUGGUGGAGCCUGGUGGCCUUGGGAGCGAGGACGGACUGGCAGAGCUACGGCUGAGCCUGGAGAAGCACAUCUCUCAGCAGAGGACAGGUUAUGGGGGCACCAGCAGCAUCCAGAUACCUGUCCUUUGCCUACUGGUCAACGGUGACCCCAGAACCCUGGAGAGGAUUUCCAGGGCAGUGGAGCAGGCUGCCCCGUGGCUGAUCCUGGCAGGUUCUGGGGGCAUCGCUGAUGUACUUGCUGCUCUGGUGAGCCAGCCUCAUCUCCUGGUGCCUCAGGUGACUGAAAAGCAGUUCAGAGAGAAAUUCCCUGGCGAGUGUUUCUCUUGGGAAGCCAUUGUGCACUGGACAGAGCUGCUACAGAACAUCGCUGCGCACCCCCACCUUCUCACUGUGUAUGACUUCGAGCAGGAGGGUUCUGAGGACCUGGACACUGUCAUCCUUAAGGCACUGGUGAAAGCCUGCAAGAGCCACAGCCAGGAGGCCCAAGACUACCUAGACGAGCUCAAGUUGGCUGUGGCCUGGGACCGCGUGGACAUCGCCAAGAGCGAGAUCUUCAAUGGCGACGUGGAAUGGAAGUCCUGUGACCUGGAAGAGGUGAUGACGGAUGCCCUAGUGAGCAACAAACCUGACUUCGUGCGCCUCUUUGUGGACAGCGGUGCUGACAUGGCCGAGUUCUUAACCUACGGGCGCCUGCAGCAACUUUACCACUCCGUAUCCCCCAAGAGCCUCCUCUUUGAACUGCUACAGCGUAAGCAUGAGGAGGGCCGGCUGACGCUGGCUGGCUUGGGUGCUCAGCAGGCCCGGGAGCUGCCCAUUGGACUGCCUGCCUUCUCACUCCACGAGGUCUCCCGUGUACUCAAGGAUUUCCUGCACGAUGCCUGCCGUGGUUUCUACCAAGACGGGCGCAGGACGGAGGAGAGAGGGCCACCCAAGCGACCGACAGGCCAGAAGUGGCUGCCAGACCUCAAUCGGAAGAGUGAGGACCCUUGGAGGGAUCUGUUCCUCUGGGCUGUGCUGCAGAACCGUUAUGAGAUGGCCACAUACUUCUGGGCCAUGGGCCAGGAGGGUGUGGCUGCUGCUCUGGCCGCCUGCAAGAUCAUAAAGGAAAUGUCCCACCUGGAGAAGGAAGCAGAGGUGGCCCGCACCAUGCGUGAGGCCAAGUAUGAGCAGCUGGCCCUGGAUCUUUUCUCAGAGUGCUACAGCAACAGCGAGGACCGCGCCUUCGCCCUGCUGGUACGCAGGAACCACAGCUGGAGCCGGACCACUUGCUUGCACCUGGCCACUGAAGCCGAUGCCAAAGCCUUCUUUGCCCAUGAUGGUGUGCAAGCAUUCCUGACCAAGAUCUGGUGGGGAGACAUGGCCACAGGCACGCCCAUCCUACGGCUGCUGGGUGCCUUCACCUGCCCAGCCCUCAUCUAUACCAACCUCAUCACCUUCAGUGAGGAUGUCCCACAGAAGAUUGGCCUGGAAGAUCUGCAGGAGCCAGACAGCUUGGAUGUGGAAAAGAGCUUCCUGUGCAGCCAGGGCGGCCAAUUGGAGAAGCUGACAGAGACACCAAGGGCUCCAGGCGAACUAGGCCCACAAGCCGCCUUCCUGCUCACACGGUGGCGGAAGUUCUGGGGAGCGCCUGUGACUGUGUUCCUGGGGAAUGUGGUCAUGUACUUUGCAUUCCUCUUCCUGUUCACCUAUGUCCUGCUGGUGGACUUUCGGCCACCUCCCCAGGGGCCAUCUGGGUCUGAGGUUACCCUCUAUUUCUGGGUGUUCACACUGGUGCUGGAGGAAAUCCGACAGGGCUUCUUUACAGAUGAGGACACACGCCUGGUGAAGAAAUUUACUCUGUAUGUGGAGGACAACUGGAACAAGUGUGAUAUGAUGGCCAUCUUCCUGUUCAUUGUUGGUGUCACCUGUAGGAUGCUGCCCUCGGUGUUCGAGGCUGGCCGCACUGUUCUGGCCAUUGAUUUCAUGGUGUUCACACUUCGGCUCAUCCACAUCUUUGCCAUCCACAAGCAGCUGGGUCCUAAGAUCAUCAUUGUAGAGCGGAUGAUGAAGGAUGUCUUCUUCUUCCUCUUUUUCCUGAGCGUGUGGCUUGUGGCCUAUGGUGUGACCACUCAGGCCCUACUGCACCCCCACGACAACCGCCUGGAGUGGAUUUUCCGCCGAGUGCUCUACCGGCCUUAUCUGCAGAUCUUUGGGCAAAUCCCUCUGGACGAGAUUGAUGAGGCCCGUGUGAACUGUUCGCUUCAUCCUCUACUGCUGGAAAACUCGGCUUCCUGCCCCAAUCUCUAUGCCAAUUGGGUGGUCAUUCUACUUCUGGUCACCUUCCUGCUGGUCACUAAUGUGCUACUUAUGAACCUGCUGAUUGCCAUGUUCAGCUACACAUUCCAAGUGGUCCAGGGCAAUGCCGACAUGUUCUGGAAGUUUCAACGCUACCACCUCAUCGUUGAAUACCAUGGGCGACCAGCUCUGGCCCCACCCUUCAUCCUGCUCAGCCACCUGAGUCUGGUGCUCAAGAGGGUCUUCAGGAAAGAAGCCCAGCACAAGCGUCAACACCUAGAGAGAGAUUUGCCUGACCCCUUGGACCAGAAGAUCAUCACCUGGGAAACAGUUCAGAAGGAGAACUUCCUGAGCACCAUGGAGAGACGGAGGAGGGACAGCGAGGGGGAGAUGCUGAGGAAAACAGCACACAGAGUGGACUUGAUUGCCAAAUACGUCGGGGGGCUGAGAGAGCAAGAAAAGAGGAUCAAGUGUCUGGAAUCACAGGCCAACUACUGUACGCUUCUCCUGUCCUCCAUGGCUGACACAGUGGCUCCAGGCGGCACCUACUUAAGCUCUCAGAACUGUGGUCGCAGGAAUCAGCCAGUCUCUGCCAGAGACAGGGAGUACUCAGAGGCUGGUUUGCCACCCUCAGACACCUGACAGAGGGACCACCAGUCCUAGAAUCACAGACUUUGCCAUCUUGGGGUCUACCAAUCUUCCCUACUCCCAGCAACCCCCAGAAAUGGUCUUCUAGGCCUUGUCACACACCACUUUUUGGACAUUCCUUCCUAUGAAAAUGAAAUUCACGUCUCUUGGUACCUAUCUGGGAGCCCGAGCAGGAGGAAGUUCUUUUGGUCCUACCUAGAGCACUCACUGGCUUGAACUGGACAUCAGGACCUAAGUCCCACACCAGGACACCAUCUGCCUAGGCUGAACCAAAGUGGGUCUAGGCCCCAAUCUCUACCCUGAGUUCCUAAGAAAAUAAUCUCUUAAACACCAGCAGUUUCUUUCUGAUCUCAAAGACCCGCUCUUCAUCAGCUGACCAGCUUGUAGAGCGCUGGUAAUCAUCAGCCUUGACUCUUCUGCCCCCACAGCAUUACCUGUGGAACCAUUGUGGCAGUAACCCCCAAGAUACUGUCCAAGGGUACCCAGUGACGCUAUAAAGCCUGCAGACCACCUCGACCCAGCUACACUGGAAAGCAGGGAUGGCGAAACAUGCAUUUCAAACACCUGGGGAGCAUAGGGAGUUACCUAACCGACUGAACGGCAUCUCGGGUGCUUCCAUUGCACCUCAAAUUAUGUGACCAUCCAGGCUGAUCCCUCCUUUUGGGGGACACUCGAGUCCUGGAAUAGGGACUACAGAGGCUAGGGCAGACUUGGUACUUGGCAGGACAGGCUAGCUAGCUUGGUUCAAGACCCUGGCCUCCACAUCAGGUAUGCAGUAUCUUUCCGGCACAUCAUUCUUUUCCUCCCGGGCUCAGCCCCAGCUAAAUGACCUAUCAUCAGUAAUGUCCUACAGAGGUCACAAGUCCUGGAGACAUACACUCAGGGCACCAGCUCUUUAGUUUGGGUGGACACCUGCCCAACCUCCCUUGCUGACUCAAUCUACCCUCUUCCUAAAACUGAUCUGCACAGGCCUAGUGCUGAGGCUGUGCUGGUUUCAGGGGGCAGAUUAUGUUCAUCCAUCACCAUCGGGGGCACAAAACUGGGCAUGGUUAUGAGCCCAGUCCCUCUGGGUAGAUUCACCAGUGGCAAAAGAAAACAACUAUGGCAAACCUUCACAACAGUUCCCACUGGAGUGGGGAAGGCAAAAUGAGGCCGAUGUAGAUGGAGGCCUGCAGUCAGGUGGCAAGGACAGAUCUUUUGAGUGGGGCCCAGAAAAAUCCACAAAAUCCAAGACAUACCCCAAAC